AUGGCCCUGCGCAGCGCCUUCCCGGCGGCAGCGCUCCUGCUCGGGAGCAUCCUCCCCAGCCUCCUCCCGCUGCCGGCGGGGGCCGGGCAGCCUCCGGAGGAGAGCCUGUACCUGUGGAUCGACGCGCACCAGGCCAGGGUGCUCAUAGGAUUUGAAGAAGAUAUCCUGAUUGUUUCCGAGGGGAAAAUGGCACCCUUUACACAUGACUUCAGAAAAGCACAGCAGAGGAUGCCUGCAAUUCCUGUCAAUAUCCAUUCCAUGAAUUUUACCUGGCAAGCUGCGGGGCAGGCAGAAUACUUCUAUGAAUUCCUGUCCUUGCGCUCCCUGGAUAAAGGCAUCAUGGCCGAUCCAACUGUCAAUGUCCCUCUGCUGGGAACAGUGCCUCACAAGGCAUCAGUCGUUCAGGUUGGUUUCCCAUGUCUUGGCAAACAGGAUGGGGUGGCAGCAUUUGAAGUGAAUGUCAUUGUGAUGAAUUCUGAAGGCAAUACCAUCCUGCAGACACCGCAAAAUGCCAUCUUCUUUAAAACAUGUCAACAAGCUGAAUGCCCAGGAGGGUGCCGAAAUGGAGGCUUCUGCAAUGACCGGAGAGUCUGUGAAUGUCCUGAUGGGUUCUAUGGGCCUCACUGUGAGAAAGCCCUUUGUACACCACGGUGUAUGAAUGAUGGACUCUGUGUCACUCCUGGUUUCUGCAUCUGCCCACCAGGAUUCUAUGGGGUCAAUUGUGACAAAGCAAACUGCUCAACCACUUGCUUUAAUGGAGGAACGUGUUUCUAUCCUGGAAAAUGUAUUUGUCCUCCAGGACUAGAGGGAGAACAGUGUGAAAUAAGCAAAUGCCCACAACCCUGUCGAAAUGGAGGUAAAUGCAUAGGUAAAAGCAAGUGCAAGUGCUCCAAAGGUUACCAAGGAGACCUCUGUUCUAAGCCUGUUUGUGAGCCUGGCUGUGGUGCCCAUGGAACCUGCCAUGAACCCAACAAAUGCCAGUGUCAAGAAGGCUGGCAUGGAAGACAUUGCAAUAAAAGGUAUGGAGCCAGUCUCAUGCAUGCCCUGAGGCCAGCAGGCGCCCAGCUUGGGCAGCACACGCCUUCACUUAAAAAGACUGAGGAGCGGCAGGAUCCACCUGAAUCCAAUUACAUCUGGUGAACUCCCGCAUCUGAAACGUUUUAAGUUACACCAAGUUCAUAGCCUUCGUUAACCUUUCAUGUGCUAAAGGUUCAAAUAAUGUUCAUUACACUUAAGAAUACUGGCCUGAAUUUUAUUAGCUUCAUUAUAAAUCACCAAGCUGAUAUUUACUCUUCCUUUUAAGUUUCUAAGUAUGUCUGUAGCGUGAUGGUAUAGAUUUUCUCCUUUUAGUCCUUUAGGACGGAUUUUUGUAUUAUGCCAGUUGAUCAGGUUAAAAAAUUUUGUCUUUUCAGUGUAUAGUUGGCAGAUAUUUGCAAAAUUACAAUGUCUUCAUGGUGUUGAGGGGCUGGAAAACAUUAGAGAGGUU